AUGUGUGAACUUUGCUCGAGGAGCAGUUUGGGAGGAGCGUGUCUGGAUUUGCUGAGGAAUGCAGAAUGCUUUUGGCGGAAAACAGCCGUGGCCUGUCAUUGGCAUGUCGGUGGGUUCCCUAACAAGCUGCUCCCAGACCUGUUUGUUACCAUAAACACGCCAUCUGAGGGAAUCCCCGUCAGAGGAGGGAGUGUGUUCUCCCGGUUAAUGGGACCUGAGCAGGGUCCCUCCAUCCAGCUUUUGGAUAUCAGUGUGCUUAUGGAGGUGAUGCAGGGCUGUGAGCAGCUGACCUCCUCUGUUUCUCCCACUCAGAACACCUCAGACGUAACGAUGGCAGAGCUCUAUGCCAACACAGGAACCGCACACUGGAAUGAAACCACCACUCCAAGCUGCACAGAUAUGGAGGUCAGGGAUUCCCCAGAGGGGUGCUCCAUUUCCUCUGAGCUGGGAGUGAGCGCAGAGUCCGAGGGCUCCUGGAAAGCCUGCAGUAUCUACGAGGUCCAGACAGCACACAAAGCCAAGGAGUGGCUGAGUGUGGUUUCAGAGCUCACGCACCGCUUAAACAAAGGAAAGUGUGCCGGGAGGCCUGAAAAGGACCCGGAAGAGUGGACCCCCCCGGCGCCCAGCGCCCCCCCGGAGCUCAGCAGCCCCCCGCCGCUCAGCGGCCCCCCGGCGCUCCAGGACAUGGACACGUCCUCCUCAGUGGGUCUGCAGGCCGGGACUGGAACACCAGGACCUGGAGCCCAAGUCCCAGAGAGCAGCUCCAGGGAGGCCAUCUAUGACGACGUGCCCCCUGAAAUCCCACAGCCCCCAGUGGAGGAGGUGGAUGACAUCUACGAGGACGUCCAGCCUCCCGGUCUGCAGGAGACCAGCAGCUGGGGCUCCAGCGAGUUCGAGAGUUACGAGGAGUUUUCUGAUAGUGAGAUAGUGAGCAGCAAGCUGCCUGCAGAUGUGCUGAGGCUGGCGGCGGAGCGCUGCACCAUCACCAGGAGGGGCCUGAGCGUGCGGCUCAGCACGCCGCAGGUGGCUCACAUCAGAAAAAGCUGCGACGAGAAGGUCCAGCAGCUGAUGAAAGCAGCAAGAAAUGGUACCAAGGGCGGCCUAGAAAAAACUAAGUUAGCCAUGAUGCGCAAAGUGUCAUUCCUACAGAAAAAAGACCCACCAGUUGAUGGAAAGGAUGAUUCGGGCUACAUGGAUGUCUCUGUCUGCGAGCUGAAGCACCCCCCAGCACAGCUCUGCCCCCAGCCAGAGGGGCUCAGCAAUCAGCAGGUGGUCCGACGCCUCAUCCUCAGCUCCAUUGUACAAAGUGAAACCAGCUACUUGGACUCUCUCAAAAGAAUUCUCCAGGAGUACCAGAAGCCUUUGCUGGAGCCCCAGACGCUGGGGCUCAGUCCAAAGAAGGUGCGUCAGAUCUUUUUCCGUCUGAGGGAGAUCCAUCAGUGCCACUCAAUGUUCCAGAUCGCCCUGGCCUCCCGUGUGGCCGAGUGGGACCGCAGCGAGAUGAUCGGCGACCUGUUUGUGGCCUCGUUUUCAAAGUCCAUGGUGCUGAACGUGUACAGCGACUACAUCAACAACUUCACCAACGCCAUGGCGCUCAUCAAGAAGGCCUGCCUCUCCAAACCCGCUUUCCUGGACUUUUUGAAGAAGAAACAGUCCUCCAGUCCAGACAGGAUCACUCUGUACGGCCUGAUGGUCAAACCCAUCCAGCGCUUCCCUCAGUUCAUCCUGCUGCUGCAGGACAUGUUGAAGAACACCCCGAGGGCCCACGUCGACCGGCUCCCCCUGCAGCUGGCCCUCACCGAGUUGGAGACCCUGGCUGAGAAGCUCAAUGAGCAGAAGCGCUGGGCCGACCAGGAGGCGGAGAUCCAGCAGCUGGCUCACAGUAUGGGAGCCCGCAACCUCAGCAAGGUGCCCUCAUUCUGGCUCCUACCUAGAGUUUCCCCUUUUCCAGACAGCACGAGACUGUCAGGGUGUGGAGUACAGGACGGCCCCGCCCCUCUGGAGAAGGAGGUGGCAGGACAGAGCAUGCAUGGUGUGGCCACCAGAGCGAUGGUCCUCCUCAUAACCCUAACGCGUGUGUCCAGCAGGGGGCCCCCCGACAUCAGCAGCCUGGUUCCCGUGGGUCCCAAGUACUCGGUGAAGUGGUGUGCCCAUCUGUCCCAGGUCCAGGUGGUGGAGGUGGGGCAGGACAGCCUGCAGAGCCAGGACGGCAUCAUCACCACCAGACGCUUCACGCCCCCCCCCAGCAGCACAGGGAAAGUGUUUUUGGGCCCCCCUAAACUGUACCAGGAGCUGGAGGAGCUGCAGCAUGACCUGGCUGUGGUGGAGGAGGUGUCCCUGCUAGUGGGCACGCUCCACGGUAUCUACCAGAAUCUCAACACCACGGUGUCUCGAGACUGGAGCCUGGCUCUGCAGAGGCUCAUCCGUCUGAAGGAGGAGCAGAUCCAGAACGCGGAUAAAUGCCGCCUGCGCCUGUCCGUCCCAGGAAAACCGGACAAGUCUGGUCGGCCGGUGAGCAUCAUGGUGGUCUUCAACACCCCCAGCCCCCACAGUAAGAUUUCCUGGGUGAACCGACUUCACCUCGCCAAGAUUUCUCUGAGAAACGAAAACACCACCGGCUGGGAAUGUUCUGAGGAGGACGGGAAGACCAAAGCUUUCCAUACUUUUCCGUUACUGACCUGCUCACUUCCUGUUCCCUCCUCCACCACACAGACACUGAGGCUGGAGGCAGCCCUUCACAGUCCCUCACAGUCCAGCCUGCUCGGUUUCUGUUCCACCAGCACCUGCUUACCACAGGGUUACCUCUGGGUUGCCAGUGGACAAGGCAACUCUGACAGUGGCCAGGUGCAGAUCUUUUCCUUAAACCGCGCCACCCCCCGCCUGGUGAAGACUGUUCCUCUGCGGGCCCCGGUCCUCUGUUUGGAGUACGUCCGAGAGCCGUGUCCCAGCACAGACCAGGAGGCUGACCAGGCCCAGAGCGAUGCAAAAGCUGGGAACAUCAUCUGUGCUGGUCUGCAGGAUGGAAGUAUCCUGGUGCACAGCAGUGUGGACACUGUUGUUCAGUGUCUGCAGACAUUAGUGAAUCAGGACGGCUGCCCGGUCCUCUCCCUCAAACACUCGCUGUCGUAUCUUUUCGCUGGACUAAGCAACGGCAAAGUAGCCGUUUUCCACAGAAAAACUGGAGAGCGACUGUGGGACACGGACUCCUGCAGCCUGGUGUCUGUGGGCUCUAAGCCCGUCUACUGUCUACUGGCCGUUGAGGACGCUGUGUGGGCCAGCUCUGCAAACCAGGUCACGGUGUUCCAGGGAGCCAGCCUUCACACUCAGAGCCUUGAAGCUCACGCUGAUCCGGGCUACAGCGUCAGCCACAUGGUGCAUUCUGGUGGGGGGGUUUGGAUGGCCUUCACACAGGGCUCCUCCAUAUCCCUGUUUCACACGGAGACCUUGGAGCCGUUGCAGGAAGUCAACAUCUCUACCCGCUCUGCCCACCUGUCACCAGGCCAGGUGUGUAUCUCCAGUCUACUGAUCAACCAGGGUCUUUUGUGGGUAGGAACCAGCCAGGGCAUCAUCCUCACGUUCUCCGUUCCCAUCCUGGAGGGAAUUCCUAAGAUUGCAGGGAAGGGGAGGACAUCCCUGAAUGCUCACUGUGGUCCGGUGGACUUCCUGGUGUCGGCCUCCAGCUCCCUGGCCUCUGACUUCCUCAGACAGGACCCUUCCCUCAGCAGCAGCGAUGAGGGUCCCGAUGGGGGGGGGGGCACGGCCCGAGGGCGGGGGGCUCGUCUGAGCGGGGAUGAGAUCGAGCUGAGGCUGGACAGAGGCAGCGGUCAGGAGGCCCCCCCGCCGAGGGACGAGAGGUCCAAAUGCCUCAGGCUGCAGUACAGCCUCAGCUCCACCGCCCAGCUCCCCGGGAAGCUGCUGACCGCCCAGCCGGACCAGGCCGGCCCCAAGGGCCCCCCCGACUGCCCCGAGCACGGGCCAGAGGACGGCUCCAUCUACGAGGUCAGCGAGGACCCGGACGUGUGGGUCCGGGGGCCCAGCACGGACUGGGGCAGGGAGAGGGAGGCCAGGCGCAGCAGGGUCAGCUCCACCGCCGUCUUCUCCGGGGGGAGGGGCUACCGCAGGAUGGACAGUCCAGCCCCCAUGGACGCCAGUGGACACACGCUGCUGGUGUGGCAGCUGCCCCUGAGCCUCAGCCAGUGAGAGGCUCCUCCCACUGGACAUCUCCUUCUGUCUAAAACCUACCAAAGACAUCAUCCUGGACUUUUUCUUCCUAAGGAAUCAAAUCUGGACGGGUCAUACAGUCACAUGGACUCCAGCCCAAAGUAGCUGCGAUGUCAGUCCAGAUCGCAUUAGAACAAAAGCCAAAAAGCCAAUAAAAAGUAAAUGUAACACAAAUACAUAUAGACCUUUUUAAAAGCAGUGUUAUGUCUUUGGUAGGAUACAGAGGCCACAUAGUGUAGUUUUCAUUGUAAGUUUUCAUUGUAAGUGAUGUCAAUUUCUUUUUUAAAUUAAGUUUUGUUCAAUAUUCAACUGUGACUUGCAUUUGAAACGGUGUGUGUUUAACUUCUAACUUUCUUCUCCAUAAUAGCAGUAUUACAUGCACAUUUCCCCCAUGAUGACAAAGCUUCUUAGACCAUUCAUGGUGAGCCAUGCUCCCUGUCAC